GUUAUUGAUGACCCUGUCUUCGGCAAUGAGGCGGGGGCAGCUAUACAUUACAGGACGAUGGAAUGGUGGCAUGCCGGCAUCCUCAUGCUCGCAGAAACGAUCUCCCUCGGCGUGCUCGCCCUCCCCCAAGCCGUGGCAAUUCUCGGCCUAGUUCCAGGCCUACUUCUGAUCCUCGGUCUUGGACUGGUGGCCACUUAUACCGGCUACAUCAUUGGCCAAUUCAAGGAGGCUUAUCCUGCCAUGCAAUCAUUCGCCGACUGUGGAGAGCUCGUAGGCAGAUCCAUCAGUCCGCUCGUUGGCUGCAUAUGUAGGGAAAUCAUGGCGGCUUCUCAGGUCCUUAUCUUAGUCUUCAUUAUGGGAGCUCAUAUACUGAGCUUCGCGAUCGCAAUGAAUGCUAUGACGGAUCAUGCGACUUGCACCAUUACGUUCAGUGUUGCAGGGCUGGUAGUUUGUUUUGUGAUGGGGUUACCGCGAACCUUGAAGGCCGUUAGUUACCUCUCUGUGUUUUCAUGUGUAUCCGUGAUCGUUUCCGUCGCCAUCGCGAUGAUCGCUAUAGGAGUCACGAAACCAGACAUGGGUCAUAUCGUCGUGGUUCACAACGGCAUUCCACUCGUCAAAGGCUUAGGUCCAGUCAUGAACAUUGUUCUAGCAUACGCUGGCCAUGUGGCAUUCUUCGGAUUUUGCUCUGAACUAAAGAAACCUCGAGACUUUCCUAAAGCGCUGGCAUUCAUGCAGAUCAGCGCCAUCUCCUUCUACAUGCUGAUCGCCGCCAUAAUCUACUACUACGCUGGACCUCUCGUUGCCUCACCCGCCCUGGGCUCUGCGUCCCCAAUUGUCCGCAAGAUUUGCUUCGGGAUCGCAGUGCCCACCAUCAUUAUUGCAGGCGUAAUCAACGGAUCUGUAGGCUGCAAGUAUAUUUAUGUACGCAUAUGGAAGGGUACAAACGUCAUUCAUCAAAACAGCGUCAAGAGCCUCGGGAGUUGGAUCGGCAUAUGUGCAGUAUCUUGGGCGGUGAGCUGGAUCAUUGCGGAAGCGGUUCCUAAUUUCAAUCUGUUAUUGGGGUUGAUUGCAGCUCUAUUCUGCUCCUGGUUUAGCUUUUGCCUGCCAGCAAGUCUCUGGCUUUGGAUGAACCAUGGACGCUGGUUCUCUUCGUCUCGCAAAGUCACUCUAACGAUCCUUAACAUCGGUAUAUUUUGCCUCGGCGCGACCAUAUGCAUAAUGGGUAUGUGGUCUUCAGGGGUCGAACUCAGGCAAGGUUCGGCCGGGAAACCGUUUUCGUGCGAGAGUAAUUGGCAUCCAAUGGCCGAAAGCAACCUUUAAUUCGACGAGCCGAAGUUUAGCGCCUUGCUAGGGGCCAGAUUGGGUCAGAAGUUGUUAGUUUCCAGAUAUUAGACCUGGAGUUCGUCGAAGAAGAAUAUGUGUGCUGCAGUGGGAGUACGUUCACAUUGAUGGGUGAACACAGGCUUGAGAGAGCUAGCGCGCCCAAAGUGCCGGUCUG